CGUGGAGAAAAGCUCCACGCAAGUCUACAAAGUUAAAUGUGUGGUUUCAAACUGCAAGUGGAAGCUAAGGGCCGCGAAGAAGAAGUCCCACGGCCUUUUUCAAAUAACUAAAUGUCCAGAGAUUCACACAUGCCUACUGGAUAGACCCACGCAGGACCACUGCAAAAUUUCAGCAAAAAUGAUUGGCUAUGUGGUUGCUCCCUACAUCUCCCAGACCCCUCAAUUGAAGGUAAGCAACAUCAUCACAAUGGUCAAUGAUGAGUACCACCAUUUGGUUAGUUACUUGAAAGCAUGGAGGGGGAAGAUGGCCGCCAUGGAAAGCGUUUAUGGAAGCUGGAAGACAACCUACAACGAGCUCCCUCGGUUCCUUAAUGUCAUGGCCAGUACAAAUGUCGGAAGUAUAGUUGUGGUUGAGGUUGUUCCACAUCAUAAAGAGAGGGGUACAUCGACAUUUGUUCGUGCAUUUUGGUGCCUAAAAGCAAUGAUUGAUGGUUGGCAGUAUGCACGGCCAGUUAUUUCCAUUGAUGGUACAUUUCUUAAGGGAAAGUAUAAUGGGAAAUUGCUGGUCGCGGUGGGAGUCGACUCUAAUAACCACCAAUAUCCCAUAUGCUUCGCCCUUGUUGAUGAGGAAACAACUGAAAAUUGGUCUUGGUUUCUACGUCUUUUACGUAGACAUGUAUGCCGAGAUAGAUUGGGGGUUUGUAUUAUAUCUGACCGUGCGACGGGGAUCCUUGCUGCAAUGAAUGACGAAGCGAGUGGUUUUACCCCGCCGAUGGGCUAUCACAGAUUCUGCCUCCAUCAUGUUAGGAGCAACUUCUCCAAGGCAUUCCCGGGAAAGGAGCUUAAAAUGUUAAUGUGGCUAGCCGGCAAUACGCCACAGAUUAGGAAAUAUGAUGCCUACAUGAAGAAGAUUGGAGAGCUUUCGCCUCAAGGCUUGAGGUGGUUGCUAGGGAUAAGUCCAGCCCUCUGGACUAUUUGUCAUGACACAGGCCACGCUCGUUUCGGCCAAGCUACCACAAACAUCACGGAGAGCUUUAAUGGUAACGUGCGCGUGGCUCGGCACCUACCUGUGACCGCAAUGAUUGAAUUCAUGUUUUAUAAAACUGUUAGGACGGUCAAUAAGGAGAGGAACGCAGUGCUUGAGGGCAUUGGGGAGGGUCAUGAACUUUGUCUAAGGACGAGAAAUAAGUUGGAGAAGAUUGCAGCCAAAGCUAACACACACCGGGUCGAGACAUUUAAUAGAGGAACCGGUUUGUUCUCCGUAAAGACGCAAAGGUACAUGGUAAAAGGGUGCAAUAAGGGCGGGAACACGCAGGUGGUUGACAUAACUCAGCGUACAUGCACUUGCGGGAAAUGGGCUUGCCACCGCCUACCGUGUUCACAUUUGAUUGCUGCUUGCAACCACAAUCACUUAAACUGGAAACAGUGGAUUGGCCACUUCCACUACAACUCUACUUUGUUGAAAUUGUGGGAGCCAAUGAUAUAUCCAUUACCAGCAACUGGGUAUUGGGAUAUUGAUUUGCCAGUGCAAUGGAGAAUGUUUGGAACUGUGGUACCGAACGAGGCCUUGCGAAAGAGAAGGCGUAAACGAGGAGAAAGGGGUCAAUCCGUCAGAAUACGCACGGAGAUGGACAGUUCCCGUACAAGUCACAAAUGUGGCCGCUGCAAGCAAGAAGGACACACUAGACGUAGUAAAAGGUGUCCAUUGUACAAUGUUGACCCUACUGUGUAAUUUAAUUGCCAUUUUCUUUUUAGUCCUUGUUUUUAAUUGUUAAUUUGUAUUUUCCUUUUCAGUCCUUGUUUUUUAUUGUUACUCUGUAUUUUUCUUUCGUUUUUUAUUGUUAAUCCAAUUUUGUUAAUUAAUUUAAUGUAAUGGUGUUGAAGCAAUAAAUAAACUUCAAGGAAACAGAAGCAUUCGGGACAAGAUAUUACACACUGGCAAAAGAAAGGCUGUAAAGAAAAGAUUCUGCUCAGUUAAAGGACAAUAUAUAAUAAAGUAAAGUGAUGUGAAAAGAAAGGCUGUAUAGAUUAGACUACACACUGGCAAACCAUAGCAAGCAACGAAAUAAUGCUCAUAUUCACAUGAUCAACAGUUGUAUCUCAUAAUGCUGAUAUUCACAUGAUCAACAGUUGUAUCUCAUAAUGCUGAUAUUCACAUGAUCAACAGUAGUAUCUGAUAAUGCAGAGGGUCACAUGGUGUACAGUAGGUCAUAAAGUAAAGGUUCUGCAAAAGUAAAGUGCCUCACUGUAAAGAUUAGACUGUACAAAGUUUCUCACUUUAUAGAUUAGACCCACGUUUUCAUACUGCCAAACCAUAGCAUGCAUUGAAAGAAAAGAUUCAGCUCAUUUAAAGGACUUGUCAAUUCAAAAAUUGACAAGUCCUUUAAAUAUAUUCAGCUAAACAAUAAUCCAUUCGCCUAUAAAUAGGUCUUCAUUAUGGUUGAUACACAUACAAGCAACUAAACAAACACAAAAUUCACUCAUCACUUAAGCUGAAAAUGGAUAAGGGCAAGGCACCAAUGGAUAAGGGGAAAGCACCAAUGACCCCCGGCUGCGAAAAACGCCUCAAACAGCAACAAGAUAGGAGACAGCCGGAGCUUGUGUUGGGAGGGAUGCGCAACAACCGAAGCAACCAACCUAAACCAGCUCCUAAAAGCAAGGCACCACCGGUCGUGCAACAAAAGAAAACUCGGCCACCGUUGGGACGGAUGCGCACUGACUUUGACAUCAAGAAAAUGAUAGAGGAGACGAGAGAAGAGAGACGUCUCGAGGUUGAACAUCAAAAGAACGUGAAGAAGUGGAACAAACUCUUCCGUUAUAUUUGCAGGUAUGUUUAUAGGAGGAUUAGAAGGGGCAAAGAUUGGGUGAUGACGGAGGCGGA